ACAGAAAACUAUUAGACGACAGCAGCCCGAGCCCACGGGUUCAUGGCCCAGUUAAGUAUUGUCGACGAUGACCCGGAUGCCGACGCUCGUAUUUCCAUCGCUGAUGCCGGACCCUCCGACGGCAACCUCGCAUCCUACAGCUGUGAACUUCAGGCAGAGAACGGGAAAUCAGUAAGGAAGGAGAGCUUCGCCUCGUCUGGUCAUUAGCUCGUCAAGGGAGGGAAUUGAACCGAAUUAGUCGAACAAGUGAAUACGAAUGGCUGAAGUAAGCUUGGGGAUUCUCAUUGAUAUUGUGGACGACGAGUGGAUGAGAGAUACUCUGCCUGACGAUGAUCUCCCGUUACCUCCUGUUCUGGUUGUCCGCACCGAUGAGGCUGAAGAAUCAAAUCAUGAGCCUCAGCCGGUCGAGCAAGAUACCUGGCAUGACCUUGCCCUAGGUAGUCAAUGAACCCUGAAGUCACUUACUUUGGUACGGUUGGCCAUAUGCGCAUUUGGUUUUAUGUAAUUGGAGAGUGAGAUCGUUCCUAUUGUAAGCCCUAUGCAGAAGAGGAUUCAUGAAUUGAACUGAAACACGGCAUUUGAUUCCAUCAAACAGGUUCAUUUCCAUCCAUGUCUGGAGUAUGUCAAGAACUUUGUUUCUUCCUUGGUGUUGAUAUCUAGCAUGUGCAUUUUGCAUGUCCUUUUGCUGUUGGACUAGCUCCCUUGACCAGCUUAGCUGCAACAGUUGGCUGUAGAGGAAUUUCAGAAGAUCCCAACAUGAAUACAAUGACCAAAAUCUGUUCAUAGUCUGACCCUCUUGACUAAACUUGACCUGACAUGGGUGGGUGGGGAAGAGCAGAGCAGGCGACUAGGGUUGUAUAAUAAUUUUAAAGACCUAUUAUCCUAUUGCAUGUCAUUCUUGUUGUUUGGAAUUGUUGGGUUGUUCUGCUAUUGUGGUUUGAGUACGGAGUAUUAUGUGGAUUAGGUGAUUGCUUCCAUCUGACUUAACCUUUUCUCUAUAACAGCUUUUGGGAUAAUGUAAAAUUUUAUUCUCCGC